AUGCCGAGUUGGCCAUUGACAUAUUUUACAGGAUCUGAAUGGUUCAGGAAGGAUACAUAUGUGGCUAAUAGCCAAAAAAGAGCCAAAAGCACAAACUCUGAAUUCAGGGCUGCCGACUACCUGAUCCUGGGGAUUGAAAAGAGCAGGUGGACAUCCCCAUCACACCUGCUUGUCACCUUCCUUCGGACAUCUCUUUUAACCAUUUGUGAGAAUGCUGAGCGGGAGCCAACAGUGCCAUUCCAGUGUUCUUCCUCAUUCCAGCUGCUGCAGCAGCCGCCAAAACAGGAGCUGAUGCCUUGUAAAUCCUCUGACCUCAGCAAGGCAACCAACCCAGUAUUUCCAUAG